AUGGCGGAAGAAUUGACAUUGGAUUUACAAGAGUUAAGGCAGUUUCAGAGCAUAGCGAAAAGGCCUCGUGUCAGUUCUCUCAUCUCCUCUGAGAUUAGCAAGUUGGAGAAGAAGUUAUCUGAGGAACAUGUUUCUGUUCCAGUUUCAACUUCAACUCCAACUCCUAUUUCAUCUGGGGUUAAGGUGCCUUCGACCCAUGCAGUUAAUUAUGUUACACUCGGAUCUUUCAGUUGGGAUCAGGACAAUGACAAAGUCAAGAUAUAUGUCGCUCUAGAGGGUGUUGAGCAAGAAAAAAUUGAGACGCAAUUCAAGCCAACGUCAUUUGAUGUCAAAUUCCUAGAUGUCCAAGGAAAGAAUUAUCGAUGUGCUGUACCAAAAUUGAACAAGGAGAUUAUCCCAGAGAAAUGCUCGGUUGUAGUUAAGCCUAAAAGAGUGAUCAUCACAUUGUUCAAAGCUUCAAAGGGGAACUGGGUAGACUUGCAUUUUAAGGACGAUAAGCUGAAACCAAGUCUGGAUGAGAAAAGAGAUCCUAUGGCUGGAAUUAUGGACUUAAUGAAGAAUAUGUACGAGGAAGGGGAUGAAGAAAUGAAGCGAACAAUUGCAAAAGCAUGGACUGAUGCAAGAUCUGGGAAUGCAGCUGACCCUCUGAAAGGGUUUCGUUAA